AUGACAUCCCGCGGCAGAAGUCGAGGCACCUCGAACCAGGAUGCCGACGAGGAGCGGCGAUUAUGGAAGGAGAUCAAAGACAAGGCGAGAGAGCUUGACGCUAUGGUGACACGAUCAAACGAGAUUGGGACGGAGAUUAUCGACGUUGAAUCACAACAAGCAGCUUUGAUCGAUGCGGGCAAGCUACCCUCUGCCGCCCUGGACGAGCGGUUAGAGAAGCUGUAUAGAGAAAAUGUCAAGAUAUGCGAGGAGUUCCAGCACAUCUCCGAAGGCCAGUCUAACGGCAUGAACCUUCUGGACAGCAUCAAGGUUCUCGCAGGUCUUAGAGAGGCCUCCGAAGGCGAUCUUGCAGCAGCACAAAUGCAAGCCAGUCAAAGCCAAACCGGUCGGACUGCAAAUGGCAAGCUUGCUCGACCGAAGAAGGGCGCGAAUGCCAAAGCUGCUCCUUCUGCGGUGACCGUCGCCACCAACAGCGCCGUCGAGGAAACCGAGCACGAAGUUUCUGCCGCCCCGAGCCCUAAGAUCAUCCUCGGCUCCGCCGCCAGCAGGCUCAAUGCCAAAGACAAAGGCUCCCGGGCAGCAAGCGUCUCCCUGUCCGCCACCCGUGAAGCCAGUGUCAAAGUGGAAGACGGCGCGGAGUCCGUAGCCAGUAGCACGGAUGCACCCUCCACGACCACCGGAGGAGCAACAGGAAGCAAAGCCUCCAACUCCGCAAAUCGGCCCAGCAAUCGCUUAGUGUUGAGGAUGGGCGAGAUAGUCUUCUGCCGGCACGACGCUAGGAACGUCAAGCCCGGCGGCGAACCUCUCGAGGGCGAAGGGAUACUAUGUCGUGUGACCAACGUUAUUGGCGAGGGCAAACAGCGACGAUAUGAGGUUCAGGACGCCGACACCUCGAGUCCGGAGCCUGCGACGCCGUAUCGGGCGAGCGUGGCGCAGUUGAUCCAGAUUCCGGCGAGCAAUAAAGGACUCAGCGAUCUAACGAAGGGGAAGAGUGUGUUAGCGCAAUAUCCAGAUACGACGACCUUUUACAAGGCGGAGGUUUCGGAGCCGUGGAAGGGUGUAAAGCUGGGAGCGGACGCUGAGCCGGGUCUGGUUAUCUUGCAGUUCCAAGACGACGAGGCACAUAGGGAUGUGGAGCGGCGGUUCGUCUUGACUGAGAAGUAG